ACUGCUGAAGCUGGUGAGCAGCAACCUUCUCAGGCACUAGUGAGGACUGGCUGCAGUGGGCACGUCACAGGCUCUGCAGUGUACACAGCAGCACUGACUGGACCUGUGUCAUUGUCUGGACCCAGUCACUGGGAUAAUAUGGAAAGCAGAGACUGCCUACUGCAAGGAGCAUGCUGAUAUUCUGCUACGUAGCUGGCAGUGGAUUUGUCUGCAGGAGUUAUGCAGUGUGUGGUGUGAUAACCUGUACCAUUGUAGCUAACCUGCACUAGUUCGGUCUGACCUGGUCAGCAGCCACCGUCAUCUACGUCAGGUGUACUCUUAUUCUGCAGUUGGUGUUUAUAUACAUUAACUUUUUUGUUUGUAGAUGUGCUGUUGUUGUAGGAUUGUCAGCAUUUGCUUGUAGUCAGAUAUUGUCAUGAAAUAGCUACUUUUCUGCACCGUAAUGGUAUUUGUUCUGUAGGUUUUUAAAAAAAUUUUUAUUGUAGUUUGUUACAGUGUAGCUGUUGACUGCAGAAUUAAUUGCUGUGUUGUUAUCAGUAGGUUUUCAUUGUGGUGCUGAUCUGUGUGUGUGUGAGUUGUGCCUCUGCUGUGAUGUUGUAGUGCCCAUCUGGUUGUGUAACACUGUCUCCUGGAUUGGGAGCUGGUGUCCCCUGGGUCUAUGGAAGAGAUGCACACAGAACUAUGGAGGCAUCUUCUCAUCCUGCUGGUGCACCCCAUGUUAUUUGGAGGAGAUAAUCGUAUACUGGGAGAGAGUGAGGGGCUGUAUACACCUUCAGCUUCUGUAAUACCAGAGCUUAGAGAAAAAGUAUUUGCUCAGCACAAUCUUGGGAACCUAACAACAAGUCCGGUUCCAGACAUUCAAUUAACACAACCUUCCCAGAGGAUCAGAUUUAAUCCCACAGUGGCCAUUAUUGCUCUCUCGGAACACAAAGAUGUCAAGUUCAACUGUUCUAUUGAACUUCCUAAUUUGGACAGCGGAGAACAGAUAACGUGGUGGAAGAAUGGAAAACUGAUCUCCCCAUUAGAUCGUAUCUCUGUCCAGUCUUUUGAAAUCCCGGAUAGUGUGAUGACUACUAUGUUGUCUUCAUGCAGUAUUAUGGAUGUGCAGCGGUCUGAUAAUGGAACAUAUAAGUGCAAAUUAAAAAUCAAAGAUGAAGAAAUAGUUUCAGAUCCUAUCUACAUCCAGGUGGAAGGCCUUCCACAUUUCAUCCAGCAGCCAGAGACAUUAAAUGUCUCUCGGAACACUCCGUUUAAUCUCACUUGCGAGGCUGUUGGACCCCCUGAACCUGUGGACAUUUAUUGGUAUCAAAACAGCACAAAGAUCAAUGAGAUUCUUGAAGUGUCACCAGCAGUUCUCCAUGUAUUCGGUUUGGAUUACCCAGCAAUAUACAGCUGUGAAGCUCACAACAAGAAAGGAUUGACUACAUCCAAUAACGUGAAUAUCAAUAUAAAAGGUAUUCCUUCUCCGCCAGUGCUGGUAAAGGCUUUGAACAGAUCAGCAAAUGGCUUCCAGCUUUCCUGGGUUCCCGGCUUUGAUGGAUAUUCUCCAAUAAGCCUCUGCAAUAUACAGGUGAAUGAAACCACAGAGUGGAACGACAAUUCUUCAAUGACAUAUAGCAGCUCAGCAGUGCCUCCUUACAAUUAUCUUAUUAGUGAGCUGAAGCCAUUUACUGAAUACAACAUCAGAGUUUCCUGCAUGAAUGAAGUGGGAUGGUCUUCGCCAAGCUCGUGGAUUGUGGCCAAAACAACAGAAGGAGCCCCAUCUACAGCUCCUCAGAACAUUACAGUAGUGUUAAAUGGUUCAAAUUCAUUGAAAGUCACAUGGAUUCAGCCUUCUCUAAGUGCUGUGAAUGGAGCUUUUCUGGGAUAUAAAAUAAAACACACAUGGAAAGUCUACGGAAGUCCAGACAUAACAUAUUUUGGGACUUCCAAUUCAACUACUGUGGUUAUUCCCAUCAAAGCCGCUAAUGCCACUUGCACUGUGUACGUUGCCUGCUACACAGUGGGAGGUGAUGGCCCAUAUAGCCAGGCGGUGCAACUUUUUAUUCCGAGUAAUGGUUCGGUUGCAUCUGCAACAUCUUCAACUCCAGCAUCAGGACAUGGCAGCCCCUACUUGAUAUUGCUUGGCUUUAUCUGCAGCUUAAUGAUCCUUCUAUUAAUCAUUUACGGCUCCGUAAUGUUCGUUAGAAGGAAAAAAGAGAUAGAAUUUGGACAUGCUUUUGUCAAUUCGGAUGAUUCAGACAUUAUAGUCAAUUACAAAGCAAAGAGAUCCUACAACAGGAAAGCCAUUGAAGUGACAUUGAGUACUUUAGGGAUCAGCGCAGAUCUGCAGCAGAAACUGGAAGAUGUGAUGGUUGAAAGCAGCCUGUUGACUCUGGGGAAGGUGUUGGGAGAGGGUGAAUUUGGCUCAGUGAUGGAGGGGGAGCUGCACUAUCCUGACAACACAAAUCACAGUGUAGCUGUGAAAACCAUGAAGUUGGACAACUUCUCACAAAGAGAAAUAGAAGAAUUUCUGAGCGAAGCGGCCUGUAUGAAAGACUUCAACCAUCCAAAUGUUAUUAAGUUGCUUGGUGUGUGUAUAGAAGUAGGCCCCAGAAGAAUCCCAAAACCCAUGGUCAUAUUACCAUUCAUGAAGUAUGGAGACCUGCAUAGUUUUCUUCUCUCCACCAGAAUUGGAUCUGGCCCUCAGCAUGUGCCUUUACAGACGCUGGUGAAGUUUAUGAUUGACAUUGCUACUGGUAUGGAGUACCUCAGCAGCAAGAACUUCCUGCACAGAGACCUGGCAGCGCGGAACUGCAUGCUGAGGGAUGACAUGACUGUCUGUGUGGCUGACUUUGGACUGUCCAAAAAAAUAUAUAGUGGUGAUUAUUACCGUCAGGGACGGAUCUCUAAGAUGCCUGUGAAAUGGAUAGCUGUGGAGAGCCUUGCUGACCGUAUCUACACCGUCAAAAGUGAUGUGUGGGCGUUUGGUAUCACAAUGUGGGAAAUUGCAACCAGAGGGAUGACUCCAUAUCCAGGCAUCCAGAACCACGAAAUAUAUGACCAUUUACUGCAGGGCCACAGGCUGAAGCAGCCAGUAGCCUGUUUGGAUGAACUGUAUGAGCAGAUGUACCUCUGCUGGAGAGCUAAUGCAGCUGAUCGACCUACAUUCACAGCACUGAAGCAUGAUUUGGAGAAGUUUCUUCAAGGCUUGCCUCCAGCACUGGACAAGGAAGAUGUCAUUUAUAUUAACACAAGCUUACCUGAAGACAGUGAGCUUUUCACAGAAGACCCAGAGAUAAGUGACAUGGGCCUGGACUUGGACUCAAAGUAUGUACAUAUCACUCCUUCAAGGUCUGACACCACCAUGGUGACGGUGGAGGUCCAUGGAAGUAAUUCCAGUGAGGAGAGGUACAUCCUGGAGGGGGUGCCUGAAGAGCAGGCCGGGGAAUUGGAACAAGCCUGUGCUCCACUUCUAAUUGGCAGCAUCCCUAGUAAGAGAGUGCCAUGGUGUGAGAGCAACACUCUGCUGGAUGGCAACUCACUGACUGAGGAGCUUCUCUACGCUGAUGACUCUGCAGAGGACUCGGAAAUUGUACUGUAGAAAGCUAGAAAUAGAACAUUGCUGCUUUCAUUUGCUAAACAUCAUAUAUUUUUCACUUUUUAUACCUUACGGACAAACAUUUUGCCAUUGAACCAAUGUAACUAAUGUAAAUACCACUCAGGAUUCUGUACAUAGAAAUAUAGGUGGCUUGUACAUAAAUGUAUGCAUAUCUAUAGAUUGAUGCAAGAACAAAGGUGUAAAUAUUCAGCGUGUACAUAGUGUAUGAAAUGAUGCAGGGUUUUUGCUGUAGUCCAGAUUAUUGUGCCUUAUGUCUUGUCUUUAUGAAGAGUGAGCUAUCCACUAAUUUACUGUUUGAAGAAAGCACUACCUCCCCUCUCUGUCUUAGCUGUGUAUAGUGUUCUUCGCCCCUUCUUCUUUUCUCCAUAAUGUCAUUACAUAGCAGGUAAUGACUUUUAUACUGUAGAUGUAUAAUACUGUACUUGAGUGUGUGGAUGCUUUUAGAAAUAGCUGUGAAAGAUCUCUGUAAGCCUCUGACAUCACUGGUCAUCAACUAUAGUAGUAUCUUUCACUAUAGUGGGUGUGUUAGGAUGCUCCUCAUCCGUGUCAGAAAGUAACACAGAUAGUGUAUGUCACAGUGGUACAGUAUAUACACUGUUUUAUUAGUUUCAUUCCUUUUGUCCUGUCUUUGUCCUUCAAGUUUACCUGAGUUACAGCCUAACCUGCCGUCUAAUGCUUUUGUUGAGACACAUCACUCUAAGGUGACAGGCAGCUCUUGUAAUAAGAGAAAUGCUUGUAUGGGAAAGUGUUCUGGGUGCCAUAGGCAAGUUGCCUCGGCAACACCUCCACCCCCUAUCUCCUUUCUUACAUAGUGUGUACCAUGGUGCGGGUCACCAUCUUCUAUUAUGGAGAGUGUUGCUCUGGGAUUGUAUAUCAUACAGUAGCCCAGUGUUAAGCCCCAAGCCCAUUACAAACAUGGAAGAACAACAGCCAACAUUCAAAGUCAAUGUCAUUAGCCAAUGCCGUCUGUGGGGGUGCUACGGUGACAAUCAAGCCCGUGACUGAAAUGUCACUCAUACUGUACAUUGUUUUAGGAGCCCCCUACAAUUUGGCCCCCCUAAACGACCAACUAGGUACAUUUAGUAGUAACACCAGUCCUGGAUUUAGUGGCGUUUCAGAGGCAUAUAAAAUGCCUCUAAUACACUAGCAUUAACAGUUUGUGUUCACUGUUGCUAAGUGAAUCUUGUCCAUAGGCAAUUAACGUUUUUAUUCUGGGGAAACUUAGUGACAGUUAUUCUAAACAAACCUUUUUAUCAACUAAUCCUUCUUGUGCAAAAGAACUCUUAAUGGCUAUAUAAGGUCAGUUCUGCUAAUCUAUUUAUACGGCAUAUUAGGAUAAAACAAUGGCAUGUGGAAAUAAUAGUUUUAGCUCAAUUUUCUUUCCUAAAAAUGCCCAGACGACAGGAGAUGCUGAUCUUUUGCUGUAAAACAAAACUCCUGCCAGUGUUUACGGGAGACAGUCACAGGCAGUCAUAAAAAUGUGAUUAUGACAUUUGACAGAAGGAACAGUGCGUAUUUAUCUUUCCACCAUGCAUAAACGAGUGUGCCUACUCUUUUUUUUCUUCUCUUUAAGUCAGAAUAUGUCAAAGGGAAAUUAUUUACAGAGACAAUAGUAUUAAUUGAGCAGUGGCGGAAUAUGCAUCACUGGGCCUUGUAGCAAAAUUUGGAUAGGGACCCACUGAUGCCACUCUAAUGGACUAGAGUGUGUGCUGAAGGCAUUCACUUACAGUGUGCGCAGUUGCAGAACGUGUACCAAGACAUAUUGGGGUCAUUUUGUUCCUAAUUGGAAACAUUCUCUAAGUUAUACACAGAUGUACCCAAAAAAGUUUAAAGGGUUUCAUAUACACGUCAGGCACUUUAAACCAUCAUAAAGCAAAAUUCUUGCAUCUGCAAUGUUCAUUUAAUGAAGCAUUGAACAAAUAAGAUGCAGGUAGGUAGUAUUCAUGUAUGACUUUGCAUUAAGUGCCUCAGACAUGUAACAUGCAAUGCCAUCCUAGGCAAGUAGUUUUAUCAGAUAGAUGGGAUCAGUACGGAAAGCCGGCGGGCGGGAUCCCAACGUUCAAAAUACCAACGUCGGGAUCCCAACCGCGAAGAAGCCGACAGGGGUGAGUAAGGGGUGCUAUACUCUCUCCCCUACCUCUCUACCCGCUGCCUAACCCUAACCUACCCCUUAGUAACCUCCACCCGUCAGUGCCUAAAGCCAACCUCCUGUCCACGCUGCCUAACCCCAGCCCUCCCAAGCCUCAGCCUAACCCUCACCACGCAGCCUAGACCUAACACUCCCCCCCCCCCCCCCCCCCCCGCGCGGCUUACCUCCUCAGCGGUGCAGUGUGAGGACGUUUGGCAUCCUGGCUGUCGGGAUUCCGGCAUCAGGAUGUCUACCGAUUCGGGAUGUCGUUGUUGGCAUUCCGAAUAGUGUCGGGAUUCCGGCGUCGGUAAUCUGUCUGCUGGAAUCCCGCAAGGCGGUAUCCUGACUGCAUCCCAUAUAGACAUAUGCACUUAGUAGGCAGGCACAGGGCUGCAUGGAGGAAGCAGUCAUUCUUACCACUUGUCAUCAGGCAGCUAGGAUUACAGUAUGGCUUUGUUCCAGCAAGAGAAAACUUUUCUUCUAAUGUAUAUCCUCAAUUGAUAAUUAUUUACUUGGAAAUUAUUUGCAUAAAUUUUUUCUGGACGAAAACCAUUUAUUUCUAUUUUUCUUACCAGCUCUUCAAAACAACAAUUUCUAAAAUGUAAAAAUCUAUAUAAAGUGCAUCAAAGGCCAGACUGUAUGCCAACAUUAUUAUAGUGAAUGUCCAGACUAGUGCCUUUUCCUUCCUGCUUGGUUAAUGUCUCCUGGUUGCUACAACAGAUUAGGGCUCAUUCACAAAGGGUACAGUAAAUUCAAUGGAAACUAAUGUGCACUUUAGAAGCAAAUUAAGGGGGCUAUUCAAUUCUUGACAAUGUGCAGUCACUGCACACAUCACUGAGUAUUAUGGUACCACAACAUCGCACGCCACUAUGGGGUGUGAGGGAAAAUGUGCAAUGUUGGUGAUCUGUUUUGGUAUUUCGUCUUCUAAUUGAAUUGCCCCAUAAGAUAGGUGUGAGAGAGCCCUAAAUGUAUUAGACUAAAAAUGCAAAAAAAAUGGAUGGCACUCCCAUUUUAAAAUACAAAAUGUAUAAUUUGUGAAGAUAUGUGCUUUUAAAUAAUGUAUAACCAUGUGAUUACUAAUGUCUGCCUUUUACUUGCUGAAAACUAAUGUCUGCCUUUUACUGUUUAAAUUGUUGCAUUAUUGACUGAUUUAGCAAGAAAUAUGAAAUGAAUGUCUCUGUACAACGGAAUUAUAUAAUACAGUAAUAUACCAUAAGUGUUAAUUCUUCAAACCUAUUCCAAAAAAGAAAACAGAAAAAAAAGAACUUUGCCUUUAUGAAGAUGUCCAACAUAAAAUACCAAUAGAGCCAGUAAAUGAGAAGUAUAUUUUUAUAGUAACAUGUACAAGAGCUAUGUAGUGCUAAGUGUAAAUUAAUGUUUGGAACUAACACUGUAUCUAAAUUGUUAGUAUUAAUAAAGAAUAUAUUUCUUAA